AAGGAUGUGAGCAGGAGUGGCGCUCGGGGCCUUUAAAUACGACCUGUCGCCAAAGUUUGGCACAAGGGUGCACCUUCCUCAGCUCGCAGGCGACAGGGGGGAUGAGGGACACUAUGCUUGCGCUCGUUCUCGCCGUUCUGCAGGGGUUUUCUGUCCGGGAAGUGGCCCCAGACCCGUCCCCGCUCGUCAGCUCCAACUGGGGGAACCCGAGGAGGUUCAUUCACCUGCAGACCUCCACGGAUGUUUGCAACUUCUACCUGGAGAUAAGACUGGAUGGCACCGUGCGCAAAGCUGCCAGCAGGACAUCAUAUACUGUGAUUUCACUAAAGGCUGAAACGAGGGACCGCGUGGCCAUCCUUGGAGUCAAAAGUAACCGUUACCUGUGUAUGGAUCUGGAGGGUAACCCGUUCAGCUCGCCCAUUUGCCUCAGAGAGGAGUGUCUGUUCAAUCACAAACUCCUGGAAAACAACCGGGACGUGUACUACUCCACUCGGACCGGGAUUCUGUUCAACCUGGAGGGCUCCAAACAGGUGUACGUCGCCGGUCAGAACGUGCCGCAGACCUCUCUGUUUCUACCCAAGAAGAACGCGGUUCCGCUGGAGCGCCUUCUCCCGCACAGGGAGAAGAGGAAACGGGUCGUGGAUCCCUCGGACCCGCACGGAGUCUACCACAGACCGGCGGAGGAGGGCUCCGACUCUCGGGCUGUGGCGGAGGACGACGCCGAUGUGGAGGUGGAGGUGGAGAUGGAGACGGAGGUCGGUGAUGACGGGCGCAACUUAUCCCAGGAGAGACCGCUGGUUCCGUUCAAUCACGACCCCUGGAACGUGAACUCGUUCAGACAGUCCAGUCCCAGAGGCACCGGAACAAUGGGCUGACCCGGUUUGACAUCCGAAUAUAAAGCGAGCUUUAUUUUGAAAAGCUGGCACGGGAGCAACGCGUUUGUUGCUUUGCCUCGACACUGACUUCGCCUAGUUUAGAGAUAAAUCUUUCACCAGUGUGUUUUUACACUGAAUGUACAUUGUUAAACUUGACUUGACGGCUUUUGCACAAUUCUUAAAAAAAACUUUUAUUUCCAACACCUUCAAAUCCAUUCUACGGGGUCCCGGACAGGACAAACAAAAAUGUAUUUUGUGUGUGCGCAAAUGAGUAUUUUGUGAGCUCAAACUAGCAUUUUGUGUCCAAAAAUUAGCAUUAGGUGUGCACAAUUUAGUAUUUUGUGCCAAAAACUAGCAUUAGUUCCACACAAAUUAGCUUUUGUGGGCAUAAAUAAGCAUUUUAGACACGCAAAUUACUGUAUGGGUACCAAUUAGCAUUUUGUAAGAAAAAACUUCCAUUUUAUGAGCAAAGAUUAGCAUUAGCUGCGCCGUGUUAGGAUUUUGUGGGCAUAAUUAGCAUUUUAUGUGCACUAUUAUUAAGUAUAUUAAGUAUUUUGUGGCCAAAGAAUACUACUUUGUGCAAAUGAACAUUUGUUAGUCCCAAUUUAGUAAUUUGUGGACACAAAUUAGUAUUUUAUAGCCACAAAUUAGCAUCUUGUUAGUAAAAAAUUAGCAUCACAGAAAACUCGGAAAACAAUUAGCAUUAGGUGGGCACAAAUGAGCAUUUCAUGUGCACAAUUAGUUAUUAUGUGGCCACAAAAUAAUACUUUGUGCGCAUCAAAUAAACAUUUCACAGUGCUAAUUUAGUAAUUUGUAGACACAAAUUAGUAUUUUAUAGCCACAAAUUAGCAUGUUGCUAGUAAAAAAUUAGCAUCACAGCCAAAACUUAGAAAACAAUUUGCAUUAGGUGGGCACAAAUUAGUAAUUUGUGGGCAGAAAUUUGCAUUUUGUUUGCAAAAAUUUGCUUUUCUAGGGUAUAAAUUAGCAUUUCAGGGGCACAAAUUAUUAAGUAUUUUUGGAGCACAAAAUACUAGUUUUGUGCAUACAAAUUAGCAUUUCUGCGUCCUAAUUUAGUAUUUUGUGGACACAAACUAUUGUUUAAUAGCCACAAAUUAGCCUUUUAUUAGCAAAAAUUUGCAUCAUGCCCACAACUUAGGCAAAAAAUUUGCAUUGGGUGAACACAAAUUAUUAAUUUGUGGCCAGAAAUGAGUAUUUUAUGGUCACAUAUUAGCAUUUUCUGAGGACAAACUAGUAUUUUGUGGCCAGAAAUUAGCUUUUCUGGCCAGUUUGCAUGGACUAAAUACGUUUUGAUGUGCAUGUGGCUUCAAAACGCUGAUUAAAUGACCUUUUUUGACCACGCAGUACUAAUUUGUGUGCACCAAACAAAGUCCUGAGUCGUGGCUACCAAAUAUUAAUCUGACGGAAUACUUUUUUUUAAUGUCAUGUCCAGGAGAUUUUGCCAAUUUCCACAACUUCUAAAGAAUUUUUAUUCUUUAAAUGUCAAGACCCUUCAGAUACAUUCCUUUUUUAAACAGGUUUAGCUGACAUCCUCUGUAACUCAACCCAGAUUUUAAGGAAAAUGUUUUAUAUGCUGUUUAUUUACUUUUUUAAAAAUGUUCUACACAAUCUGAAGAACCCAUAUUGAUGUCUUCUGAUGACAAACCAAAUUUAGUCUACCUCUGGAGGACUGAAGGUUUGAUUGCUGGAGUGAAACCAGCAGACAUGAACAAAUAUUGAAACUAUUUACGUGUAUUUAACAAAAAAAAAGUCAAUAUAUAGAAUUAGGGUAGCCUUCAUUUUAGCCUUCUUUUUUAUCUUUUUCAGCUGUUUGCUUUUUAGAAUAUGAAGAAAGUUGAUGCACAACGACGUCUGAAUUUCCCACCAGUACAAUGGAACUCAUGACUUGAAAGAAAAGGACAAACAGGGUCAAAAACAGAUUUUAAUUUCUUCAGUGACCGAGUUGCUACAAUCAAACACAGCAGUUUUUUUUACCAAAAAGUAUUUAUUUAUUGAAAUCUUUACCUUCACUGUUUAUUUAUAGUAUUUAUGGCAAUGAUGGAGUUGUACAUACAGGACUAAUGCUUUGAAUGUAUGAGCUGAAAUGUAUUUUAGAAUGAGUUUUGCUUGAAUUUGGGACAAAAUAAAGCAAAAAAAGGAGUUUGUGUUUGUGUGUGAUUGUUUUGUGUUUUUGUGCUUAAAAUAUUUAAAACACAUUU